AUGUCCCUGGCGAGCCUCAGCAUGAGAGGUUGCGCCGGAGGCAACCUGUAUGCUGGUACGCUAGACAUCCAUGGCAAGCCCAACGGAAAGGGCGUGCUGUACAACCUGGACACUGGGGAGUGCGAUGUGGGCACGUACAACGCUGAACUCAAGCAGACAGGGGCCGGCGUGCGCUUCAGCCGAGACAGGGAGGAGGCCUAUGCCUUGGACAGCGGCAAGGUGAAGGAAAAGAUCCCAGCCAUGAGCAGCGCCCUAGAUCGCGCGGGUCUCAAGGCGCCGCCAGCGGCGCAGCACAAGGAUGCGAUCCCGGCAGCCUUCGGCUAUAGCGAGCAGCGAUCGGAACAGGUCAAAGCAUG